AAACCGUUUUCCUCUGACCUAUAUUUGGCCCCUGGAGCCACUUUGGAUGCCACGGGCUUAAUUUUCCUGUUUUGUCUCUCUAAUCUAAAUGGAACACUGUGGAUAAAGCGCCACGAGAACAAGCAUGACGAUGUGGACAGAGACCAGGACGCUGCUCCCCCUCGGUCCUUUCAGUGUCUCCGCAGAUCAGCACACAUUUUCAGCCCCUCUCUCUCUUCACCCUCGGUGCGCGUCACCGCCUCUCUGCCCCCGCGCUGGUCCUCCACACACGCAACAUCAGCUGAUCCGUCACGUGGGUUGAGUCCUUUUGCAAAAUGGAGUUGUCUGAGUGUGUGCAGAGAGGGCUACAGGCGCUUGCGGAACCGUCCUCUGUCGACCAGAGCGGCUUCCAGGUGCUGGUAGACGCUACUUUCCGGAGCCUGCUGUCCGCGCACGCAGACUCGGGAGUCCUCGAUCUGCCCGAGCUGAAGCAGGUCGACCAGAUUCUGCUGAAGCAGAUUCAUACAGCGACGACCACCUUCAUCCUGGAGGUCGUCAAACACAACUCUGACAAGUCCACAAUCAGCUCCUGCCUUGAGGACCUUUCAUUCAGUACUGACAGAAUAGAAAUAUUCUAUACCGCGUAUCAGACACAUAAAAAAGAACUGUCUCGUCUACUAGCAAGCAUAGGAAGGCAAGCACCUCAUAUUAAUGACGUAUCAUGGCGUCUGGAAUACCACAUGAAGAACGCACACGUUAAUAAGGUCAACGAGCCCUGCUACUUGAUUUCACUAAAUACCGAGAAGGAGGGUUCAUCUGAAGAUGUCAGCUUCACCUGCACAGUGGAGCAGCUGCAGGACUUGGUGGGAAAGCUAAAAGACGCUGCCAAAAGUGUGGAGAGAGCCGCGGGGCGGUCGAACUAUAAGCCAUUUUGGGGACGGUGUCAGUUUACACUGAGCACACACACACACACACACACACACUCUCAGCUGCAUUUUACCGAAGCUGAAUGUUUCGGAGGCAAACUUAUAGGUACCGAAAAGGAAACCGCUCCAUACAAAAGGAGGAGAACUGGAUUGUUGUGGAGCCGCGGAUCGGAUUCGCUCAAGGCGCACGAGCGGCGCCGAGAGGGGGAGAUUUUACUCGCACAUCUGAAAUGCGCUCUGCUGCGCCGUGCGCUCUCCGCCACUGACAGCGUCUGCAGCCUGCUUCAAGAUGGCGACUCGGCUCCUAUUCAUUUUCUGCUGAUCGCCUCCCAACUUUCAUUGUCUCCUCGCUCAUACACCCACGGAUUUCCGGCGCAGCCUCCAGAAUCGUUGUCCCUCACUCUCACCAUGCAUCGAACGACGAGGAUAAAGAUCACGGAGCUCAAUCCUCAUCUCAUGUGCGUCCUGUGUGGAGGAUAUUUCAUAGACGCCACUACCAUCAUCGAAUGUCUACACUCAUUCUGCAAGAUGUGCAUCGUUCGCUACUUGGAAACCAGCAAAUACUGUCCUAUCUGUGAUGUACAAGUACACAAGACCAAGCCUCUCCUCAACAUAAGGUCUGAUAAAACUCUACAGGACAUCGUGUACAAACUGGUCCCCGGCCUUUUCAAAAAUGAAAUGAAACGAAGGAGAGACUUUUAUGCUGAGCAUCCUGUAGAUGCUUCCAAUGGAUCAAAUGAGGAUCGUGGAGAAGUUGCAGAUGAAGACAAAAGAAUUAUUACAGAUGAUGAGAUAAUCAGUCUCUCUAUCGAAUUCUUUGACCACAGCAGGUAGGAUGGCUUUAUGACUUCAGUAAAAAGUGCUAUAAAUAUAUGUACCUACAAUGCUAAUAAUUUCCCAAAAUGCCUUUAAAUACGUUUAAAAAAAAAUCAAUAGAAAUGCACUAAUUUGCCUUGAGUUAAUUUUAAUUGCGUUGCUGCGUCUUUAUGUAUAAAAUUCAGAAAAAAAAUAGUAUUUUAGUACAUUGCCCACUGAUCAAAAGUAAUCUAUUAUGCAAAGAAUUCCCCUAAAAAGUCUUCAAAUAAAGAAGUUUACGAAAAAAAUUCUUAUAAUAUACUAUAUAAACAUACUAUGUCGAUUCGUAUAUUUAAAAUUUAGAAAAAAAUAUUUUUGUAGAUUAGCCUUUGAUCAAAACAUUAAAACUCUUAAUAUUAAAACUCUUACUCCUUACUAUAGCCUUACCA